ACCGCCCAUAAAGUGCUCGACCGAAUGCCGUACCGGGACGUCGUCGCGGCCACGGCCGCCAUCGGCGCGCUCGGCCGCCGCGGGCGGCACCGCGACGCCGUGGCCCUCUUCUCGCAGGUGCUCGCGGAUGGCGUCCCGCCUAACAACUUCACCUUCGGCACCAUCCUCCGCUCGGCCACCGCGCUGCGUGACCUGCGCGUCGGCGCGCAGCUCCACGCCUGCGUCGCCAAGUUCGGCCUCUGCUCCAACGUCUUCGUGGGCAGCGCUCUCGUCGACCACUACGCCAAGAUGGGCGCCAUGGGGGAAGCCCAGGGCGCGCUCGGGGACACCCAUGAGCCCAACGUCGUCUCCUACACCGGUCUCAUCAACGGGUUCCUGAAGAACGGGAUGUUCGAGGACGCUCUCGGGUUGUUCCGGUGCAUGCCGGAGAGGAAUGCGGUUUCCUGGAACGCGAUGAUCGGCGGGUGCAGCCAGGCAGGUCUCAACGAGGAGGCAGUCAGGCUGUUCCUGGAAAUGUGUCGGCAAGGCGUCAGGCCGACCGGGAGCACGUUUCCCUGCGUGCUCACUUCUGUUGCCAAUGCUGGUGCACUUGGCAUCGGUAGAAGCGUCCAUGCAUCGGCUAUCAAGCACUUUGGCACGCUUGACCUUUACAUCGGCAAUUCACUCGUCAGCUUCUAUGCCAGGUGCGCUAGCUUGGAGGAUAGUGUGCUGGUCUUCAGAAAGAUGGAGCAAAAGAACGUGGUCUCCUGGAACGCUUUGAUCUGCGGGUAUGCGCGGAAUGGGAGGGGGGAGGAAGCUUUGGGUGCCUACGAAAAGAUGAGAGCUAUGGGCAUGAAGGCAGAUAAUGUAACGUUGCUCGGUUUGCUGUUUGCUUGCAACCAUGCUGGUCUGGUUGACGAGGGUUACUCGUUGUUCAAGACUGCACAGGUGGAGCAACCGGACAUAUUGAAAGCUGACCAUUAUGCUUGUGUUGUUGAUCUACUCUCUCGGGCUAAACGAUUUGAUGACGCCAAGAGGUUUCUUGAGGACCUUCCUUUUGAGCCAGGCGUCGGGUUCUGGAAGGCAAUGAUAGGAGGGUGCCAGAUUCAUUGGAACAAGGACCUGGCCGAGAGCGUCGCGGAGCGUAUUCAAGCACUUGAUCCAAAGGACACUUCUUCAUACAUCCUUCUUUCUAAUGUUUAUUCUGCAGCUGGAAGCUGGCAGAGUGUGUCAAUGGUCAGGAGGCAGAUUAAGGAGAUGGGGCUGAAGAGGAUCACUGGCUGCAGCUGGAUUGAGCUCCAGGACAAGGCCCAUGUCUUCUUUAAUGGAGACCAUAGACAUCCUCGGAGUGAUGAAAUUUACAUGAUGCUUGAACUUUGCCUGAAUACCAAUGAAGAUGACGAACAUUGCCUUGUAUGACUGGAAAACUGUCCAAAGAACAGCUGAUGGAACAUUUUCCUAUCUUUGAUUACUGAUGCAGUGCUUAGAAGGCA